CGCGCUGGGACACAAACAGAGCGGCUAUUGUUAGCACGGAGCCGCCAGCAGGUUGUGUUAGAGUUGAUCCUCACCCACCUACCUGUUGAAUAAUUACGACGAGACGCCGAGUCGAAGAACAAAGUCGAACAGGUGAGGAAAGGAAACGCGCUGGCCGUAGGAAAGAAGCGGAGGAAAGAAGGAAGUGAAUAAGGACCCGACGGGCGCUGGGAGUGAAACUCUACAGGUAGUUCAAUGUUGUAGCAGUUGUUGCGUUCAAACGCCGAUAAACAAACGAGGACAACACAAACACGCAGACAAAAUGCCGCUGGGACCGUGGAGGAAGAAAAAACAGUCGACGAAGGAGCAUUUGGUGGAGAACGAGGAGGUCGGCGGCGGACACGCAGGUGCCGGGAACCAGGCUAAGUCCGCCGUGAACGGAGCGGGGCUCCCGCCGCCACCUGCCAGCCUGCGGCCCAAGCUGGUGUUCCACACGCAGCUGGCGCACGGGAGCCCCACCGGCAGGAUCGAGGGCUUCACCAACGUCAAGGAGCUGUACUCCAAAAUAGCGGAGGCGUUCAACAUAAGCCCGCCCGAGAUUCUGUUCUGCACCCUGAACACUCACAAGAUUGACAUGGAAAAGCUGCUCGGGGGCCAGAUCGGCCUUGAGGACUUUAUCUUUGCCCACAUUAAAGGGCUCAAGAAGGAGGUGGAGGUUUUUAAAUAUGAAGAUGCACUGGGCCUCACCAUCACCGAUAAUGGAGCAGGAUACGCAUUCAUAAAGCGUAUCAAAGAGGGGAGUGUGGUGGACGGGGUGAAGGUGAUCUGCGUGGGCGACCACAUAGAGUGCAUUAACGGUCGUAACAUCGUGGGGACCCGGCAUUAUGAGGUCGCCCGCAUGCUGAAAGACCUGCCCAGAGACAAAACCUUCACCCUCAAACUGGUGGAGCCCAUGAAGGCCUUUGAAAUGCUUGAGCCAAGGUCGAAAGGGUCAAAACCUGGUGGCGACAACAAGAUCGGUACAGGGAGGGGAACUCUGAGACUCCGCUCAAAGGGCCCAGCUACUGUGGAAGAGGAGCCGACAGAAUUUGAGGAGAAGGCAGUGAAGAAAGUAGAUGACCUCCUGGAAAGCUACAUGGGCAUCAGAGACACUGAGCUUGCUGCUACAAUGGUUGAGGUCGGGCGUGACAAAAAGAACCCGGAUGAAUUCGCCAUGGCGCUGGACGAGACCCUCGGAGACUUCGCCUUCCCUGACGAGUUCGUCUUUGACGUGUGGGGAGCCAUCGGAGACGCCAAGCAGGGACGAUUUUGAGUCGUCCUACACACACACACACACACACACAAACACACACGUAUACUCUUCUCAUCCCUCAUCCCCCAGAUCGCCUCUAAGAACCCUUGUUGAGGUCACAAACAAAGGUGGAUGAAGUGUUUUCACCAGCACCUCAGCUACUGUGCAGAAGUGCCAGCGUUCCAGUUUAACCUCGUAGCACUGGAGCUGCUUCCAAGCUGACAGGUUGUUCAUUGACUCCAGAUGUUGGCAGAUGUUGUGUAAACCUUGUGACCCCCCACUUUGGAAGCAGGGUAGCUGCAGCUGCAUCUGAUGACGUGUUUCUAUCAGAGCAGCAAACACAGUCUAUGACACUGGACAGAAGUGGCACAUACACGCCUCAAACUUUAAUCACUUUCCAGCUGUGUCGAUUUGAUGCGGCACAGCUUUUUGUAGGGUUUUAUAUGUCAGUGCUGCUGAUUUUACAGCAGCAGCAGCAUCAUCGUGUAAUUAGUGUAAUUAUAGUAACUGUAGCAAUAGUUCUUCUCAGCAACUUUCUCAGAUCUUUUAAACGACCUCGCUAUGAAAUAACUGACCACAUUUCAGCGUUGCUAAUGUUCCUUCACACUGUGAUUCAUUGAAGCUUCCCUCAGCUUGAACCUUUCAUCCAUCCAAGAGAGACUGAGCACGGUUUAUCUCACAUUCCCUCCCGUUUUUGUACUUACAUUAGAUAUGUUUCUGCUGUACUUUAUCCGAUCAUGGAACAUGAUAUGCUGAAAUGCAUUUCACAAAGCCAGGGUUCUGCAUGAACAGCCCUCAGUGCUGUUCUGGAAUGGGAUCAGUUGCAAUCCAGUGUCUUAAAGAUGCACUCGCGUUUAGAUAACAGCACUAUUUAAAUCACUGUCAACCUGAAUUUCUAUAAUAACCUGAUUACUGUCAUCCGUGAUGUUAACUCAGCAGUUGACAAUAUUGUUUGAUAAGGGAUGACUUUUGUAGGAUGGACAAUAAACCUUGAUAUUCCA